AUGAAUUUCAUUAUUAUUUAUUUCUUCUAUAUUUUAACCUCAUUUAUUGUAAAUUGUGCUCCUUCUUUAAAUAUUUCUUCUUCAAAUUUUCUUUCAAAUGAGGAUGAUUUACAUUGGAUUUUUCGACUUUUGCCUAUUUUAGUUGGUUAUGGCUUUCUAAUAUUUUUCUGUUUUUAUUUAAUUCGUUGGGUGGAGAAGAAAUCUAAAGACAACGAUUCUUUUCUUCAACAAAAUUUUUUUCUUCAUUUUCUUCGUCUUUUUGCUAUAGGCCAACCAGAAUAUAAACAAUUACCACAACAAAAUUUAAAUAAAAACAAAUCAAUUCCUCCUUCUUUUUCGCUACGACGGAAAAGAAAAUCUUUUUUUGAAGAUGCAAUUUAUUUUUCAAUAUUUUUCAUAGGAAUUCAGGUUUUUCUUUGA